AUGCUCCAGAAGGUUCUACUACGACCCAUGACCAGCGUUCCAUGCGCACACGAAUCCACCAUUUCGUACCGAUUCCCAUCGUCGUCUGGGAGUCCAUCCCCUCCCCCCAUCGUACCAUCGUCGCCCGAUCUGGCGCAUCAAAACCAACCCGGGCCCUCCGACCCCUACCUCGCCCUCCCACCGCCUGAAGACGAGAUCCCCGACCUCGACGAACUGCCCUCCGAACAACCACCCUCGCCUCCACCUCACACGCCUGCCCCUACCAUGUCAGGGCAUCACCGCAUCACCCUCGCCGCCAACCCCCCCUACUUCGAUGGCGACAAGUCCAAAUACCUGGGCUUUGUGGACGCGUGCACCACUUACAUCGGUGCCUAUCGAUCGGAGUUCUCACAAGAUGAGACCAAAAUCCUCUUUGUCCUCUCCUACCUCCGUAACGAGAACGGCACGAGCUGCGCUGCCUCGAGAUGGGCGAUGAACUGGAAGCAGCACAACUUCGAUGGCUUCCAGGGACUGAAGGCAGGAGUCACAUCAAAGAACUUCCUGGAGGAGUUUCAGAGGGCGUUCGGGGACUCCAAUGCGGAACAAGUCGCCGCUGCUCGGCUUAUGGCCCUGCGUCAAAACAAACGGUCCUUCGCGGACUACAUCUCCGACUUUGAGAUGUUGGCCGCGGAUGCAGGCUACAAUGUGGUUGACACCACCGACGACAAAGGCGAAUACAAGAAGGGGGACCAGGAUAAUAUCCUCAUCGAGUUCCUGGAGCGCGGACUCAGCAGCGAGAUCGCCAGCCGUCUCUACAACACCGGUGUCCCUCUGCCCAAGGCCUAUGGAGCGUUCAAAGCCUGGUGCAUCAACAUCGAAGCCAACGCUCUGCGUGACCAGCUGCGCAAAGCGUCGUAUGGGCACCCCACACAACGACCACCUCCCCAGUUCCGUCCCCAAACGGCACCAGUGGCGUCCACACCCGCUCCGGCCCGACCCGCUGCCAACGAACCGGUUCCGAUGGAAAUCGAUCGUACCCACGCCCGCGGCCGCAAUAUCAUCUGCUACAACUGUCAGCAGCCCGGGCACAUUGCGCGGAACUGCCCGGAGCCCAAGAAGAAGCGCACGUUCUUCAAUCGAGCCACAAUGCUGGAGGAAAUCGAGAACGGGGACAAGGACAACGAGUUCCUGAAGGAGAUUGCCGAGAAGCUGCGCGAGAAGGGUUUUUGA